CCCUACAUUCAUCACUUUAAGAAUAAUGUCGUCAGAUCAUUGUCUACCUACUGAAGAAAAAGAGUCGGAAGAAGAACAACUGAGAAAUCAGUUGAAGGAAGUUACCCUUGACGAUUUCAUAAAACUUGACGAGCAACAAAAGAACUUGCUUCCCAAGGCCCGUCGGAAAAAGUUGGAAAGGUUGCUGAAAGAGCAGGAACGAAAGGAACAGAAAGCAAAGGAAAGAGCACAAACACUGGAAGCUGAAAGAUUGUUGAAACUAGAAGAGAGCAAGAAGAUCAAAAUAGAAGAAGAUCCUUCUUUGCCGUUUGCCACACCCAUCAAGAUUCGAGAUGUCCCAUCAUAUGUGGAUAAAAGAGUUACAGUACAAGGUUGGGUUCAUCACAUACGAGAAGACGGCAAGAAACUUCUGUUCAUCGAAUUGCGUGACGGAACCGGAUUUCUGCAGUGCGUCUUGUCGGAUUUGCUAUGUCAAACAUAUGAAGCUCUUACUUUGCAUCGUGAAGCUACCGUCCUUUUGAAAGGAACUCUUACUUCAGAUGAAAGAGCAAAAGGAAGUUUUCCUGGGAUCGAGUUACGUGUCGACUAUUGGCAACUUAUUGGACCAAGUCCUUCGGAGAUUGAGAAUAUUUUAACUUAUGAGAGCAAUCCUGAUAUUUUGCUGAAUAACAGACACUUAGUUAUUCGUGGGACUAGGACUUCCACGGUACUUAAACUUCGGUCAAUUAUUACGCAAUGUUUUCGAGAGCAUUUCUUCGAUCGAGGCUAUGUGGAAGUAUUUCCACCCACCAUUGUUCAAACACAGUGUGAAGGAGGUUCCACAUUGUUUCAGUUAGACUAUUUUGGCGAACCAGCAUAUCUUACACAAAGUAGUCAAAUGUAUUUGGAAACUGCAAUAGCUUCCGUGGGUGAUUGCUUCUGUAUUCUUCCGAGUUAUCGAGCGGAGAAGAGUUCAACUAGAAGACAUUUGGCGGAGUUUCAUCACAUUGAAGCGGAAUGUCCAUUCAUUAACUUUGAAGACUUGUUAUUCAAAAUAGAAGACUUAGUAAGCGACGUGAUGAGACGAGUGAUGGAAAAGGCAAGUCAUUUGGUCCUUUCACUGAAUCCAAAUAUCCAAGUUCCUAAGCGUCCCUUUCGAAGAAUGACUUAUGAAGAUGCUAUUCGAUAUUGUCAAGAAAACAACAUUUAUAAAGAUGAAGUCACCAAAAUGCAUUUUGAAUUCGGCGAUGAUAUUCCUGAACUUCCUGAAAGAAAGAUGACGGACCAAAUCAACGAGCCUAUUUUUCUCACCCGAUUCCCGGUGUCAUUAAAGUCAUUUUAUAUGAAAAAAUGUGAAGAUAAUUCGCGACUGACUGAAAGCGUUGAUUUACUUCUUCCGGGUGUAGGGGAGAUUGUUGGGGGAAGUAUGAGGAUCCACGAAUUGGAGGAACUUCUGGAGGCAUAUAGAAGAGAAAAGAUGGAUCCCAGUCCCUACUAUUGGUUCACUGACCAGAGGAAGUAUGGUUCCGCACCACAUGGAGGCUACGGUUUAGGACUAGAACGAUUUUGCUGUUACUUGUUAGGACUCUAUCAUGUUCGUGAUGUUUGCUUAUAUCCAAGAUACAAGGAUAGAUGCAAGCCCUAAACCUUUCUAUUGUCACAACCGU